AUGUCGUGGAUACCAAGAUCACAUGGUACACAUGGUCAACUAAGCUCUAUAGACGUAGAUCCAUGUCCAAUGGAGCCGUGUGCACUUCCGCAUGGAAAAAAUAUCACACUCAGAGCAACUUUCACUCCAAAUGUUGACUCAGCCACAUUUAAAUCUUCUGUCCAUGGUAUUAUACUCGGACUUCCGGUCCCAUAUGGUGUUCCUGCAGGAUCCUUGUCCGGACCUAUUGUAGCUGGACAGGAAGUUGUAUACACAAACACCCUACAUGUGUCGCCAUUGUAUCCCCUGAUUCAGCUUAAUGUGAAGUGGGAGGUUUUGGACGAACAUAACAGAGAUUUAUUUUGUUUCCUCAUACCUGUACACAUCACUAGUUAUUAAAGGGUCUACAGUACAAUAAC